CAGCCAUAGUCAACAGAGUAGUACUCCCAUACAUUACUUCUCCUCUUCUCUCCUCUUCUUCGUGAUGUAAGAAUCGGCCAAGAUCCAAAGAUCAAAGGGCCCCCAAUUCCCUCCCAACAAUGGCUUGUGUGGCUCUUCGACCUGUUAUUUUCUCACAAGGCGCCUUUCCGCACCUUAGGUCCUCCGCCGCCGCCGUCGCCAGCCCGCUCCUCCACGCGAGACACCAACAUCGCUCCACCUCCAUUCCGUCAUCCUACCUCGUCACGCCUAAGGAAUUGAACGAUGGUCUGAAGAAGAAUGCGCGAACCAAAAUCUCCACUUCGCCCCGGGUGAUCCCCCUGUGUGCCGCGUGGUUCAUGCCGAACGACCCAGAAGGCCGCACCGGGAUCGAGUCGUUCAAGAAGAAGCGGAUCCCCCAGGCGCGAUACUUUGACAUAGACGACGUCAAGGAUCCUAACUCGCCGUAUCCCCAUAUGUUACCGACAAAGGAGCGAUUCGCGGAGGCAAUGCAGUCACUGGGUAUUCGCCGCGACGACGAGGUUGUGGUCUACGACACAGAGGAACUGGGCUUGAUGAGUGCACCACGGGUAGGCUGGACGUUGAGAUACUUUGGGCAUCCCAAUGUUCGCAUUCUCAACAAUUUUAGGUUGUGGGUUCGUGAUGGGUAUCCUACGGAGUCCGGUGAAAUUACCCAGGAGGAGAGAUCUAACUACCAGGUGGAUGCUUACAAUCCGGAGAUGGUGGUUGACUUUGCAGAGAUGAAACAGAUUGGCGAGGAUUACGGAAAGGAGGGCGCAGACAGCGUGCAGGUCCUUGACGCCCGGCCCGCCGGUCGCUGGGCGGGAAAAAGCCCUGAACCUCGCCCGGAGUUGUCUUCUGGGCAUAUGCCGGGUUCUGUAAACGUGCCUUUCGUGGAGCUGCUGGACCCUGAGACGAAGACUCUGUUGCCGGAGGCGGAAUUGCGCAAGGUGCUCGAGUCAAAGGGAGUUGAUCCCUCGAGGUCUAUCAUUUCGAGCUGUGGUUCGGGAGUGACGGCGGCAGUCAUCGACCUUGCGCUGCACGAAGCUGGAUACGGGAAUGCGGAAUCCCGACGGCUAUAUGAUGGAAGCUGGUCGGAGUGGGCAGCUCGGGUUUCCGAGUCCAAUGGAUUGAUUCGCAAAGAGCAAUAGCCAGACAUUUUUAACACCAAUGUCGUUAUAGUUUUCCUCCUUAUUUGUCCCUCUCCUUUUUUUUCUUCUGUUCCCGCGUGGUAUGUUUCGCGUCUGGAGGGAAAAAGGCCCAAUAUCCAUAGUUAGGUAGAUGCUCUUUUUGCGGUACAUUGC